AGGAAGAGGAGGAGGAGGAGGAGGAGGAGGAUGUUGUUGUUUAGAGGAAUCUAGUCACACACACAGGAAGAAAGAAAAGAUCGACGUCGGCCAAACUACAGUAGGAUUAAAAGAAUUAAUCCAAAGGACAUACACCAAAGAAAAUUAGUCUGAAUUGAACGUGGAGGUCAAAGAACCACCCCUAACCUCCUCUCAAGAUCAAUACCAAAGAAAUCAAAAGAUCAACAAGUUUAAAUGCUAUUAUAUAAUCGAAGUUUAUGAGAAAAUUGUUAUCGAUCGUAUUUUAUCACGUAAACUUUGAUAAAUAAUCAAUGAAGAUUAAAGAAAUGUCAAGGAACAACGAAGGAAGAUUCUCGUCCUUAUUCUUGCAUUAUUGAUCUCUAACGAGCUGAACAAGCUAUUCCUGUUUCGUAUAACCAUGAUGAUAAUGAUGAUGAUAGAGAAGAUGAAAAAUUGAAUGAAUACACCGGAGUACUAGGUAUUCAGAAUAUUAAUCUAUAAUCGAUAAAAUCAAGUAUGAAAAAAAGAGUAAAAUAAAAAAAGAGAAAUAAAGAGAGAGAGAGAGAGAGAGAAAGAGAGAUAAAUAUUAUUAAUCUAUUUAUUGAACAAUCAAUGUGGUUACAAAACUGAUGAUAUAAUCGAUAGCUAAAAGGGUUAUAAAGUAAUAGGAAGAAAUAAAUAAAUAAAUAAAUAAAUAAUAGGAGGAAACUAUAGUUUCCUAGUUGAAAGUACGGAAAGGUGAGAGGUUGCAGACGAGCUUUAAAAGUUGGGAGAGGGUUGGAAGGGUAUUGAAAUAGAGGAGUAGGAGAAGAAGAAGAGAGGAGAGAGGAGAGAGGAGAGAGAGAGAAUAGCAGGGUCUUGUCUGGAAGGGUGGCAAGAGUGAAAAGCCGGGUAGGAGUAAGCCGGCUAGCAAGCAAGCAAGCAAGCAAGCAAGCAAGCAAGCAGAGGCAGGCAGGCAGGCAGGCAGGCAGACAGGCAAGCGAGCAAGCGAGCAAGUGAACGAGCUAGGUAUCCAAGGAAAGUGUGAGUGAGAAGGAGAUAUAGAGACAGACAGAAAGAGAGAGAGGGAGUGAGUAAGUGGAAGAAGGAAGGAGAAUCCAUAGGAGGGGGUGAAACCGGGUUGAUAUCGACCGAGGAUUGCGCUUGCGUGGAAAAAGGCGCGCAAUCGCGCUCGAAGAAUUCCAUCGUGCGCGUCGUCAAAGAUAGUAGUCAAAGCUCUCCUCUCGAGUAGUGUUCGGUUGAUCGACGAAGUAGAAACGACAAGAGAGAACGAAUGCAUAACGUUAUUCCAUCACUGUUUCUGUUUUAGCAAUGUCGAGUAUAUUUAACUUCCGUUAUCCUCUUUAGCUCGGUGGUUGGUGAUUCCAACGCCUGCACGAGCCAUCGACGAACUUUCGGAAGUCUUUGCGGAUAGAUAGAUACAAAGAGAGAGAAAGAGGUAGAAGAAAAGAGAAGAGGAGAGCAGAAGAGAAAAAAAAGAUCAUAUUUCUUUGGAUCGAGAAGCCGCCUGGGAACGUUGAGAACAAGGGGUGGCAGAGAAGGGGAGGGAGAGAGAGAGAGAGAAAGAGAGAGACAGACAGACAGAGAGAAAGAGAAACGAGGAGAAACAAAAAAGAAGAGAGUAAAGCUAUCGCGAAACGCGAUAACGAGCUGUGAUAAGACUGUAUAAGUCUCUCUCUCUCUCUCUUUUUUUCUCUCUCUCCCUCUCUCCCUCUUUCUCUCUCCCUCCAUCCCUUUUCGUUGUCGAUUUCUAGGCACUGUUACAUAGUUACGAUAGUGUUCGAGAACGUCAUCGUCAUGACGUUCGUCCUACCUAGGAAACGACACAAUUUCAAUAGAUGUGACGGUGGUUGUGGAGGUGGUGGUGGUGGUGAUGGUGGUAGUGGUAGUGGUAAUGGUAAUGAUAGUGCUAGUAGUGAUCGUGAUUAUGUUACCUACUCGUCACUGAAUCCACCGAGUUGAAGAAGAACUAAUCUAAUCUAAUCUAAUCAAAAUAAUACGUGAGAGAGGAGAAGUUUUUAGUCCUCUUGUCGAUAUGCUCUGAUAGACGAAUGCGAGCGUCGAAGUCUCUCGAGGCUGAGGUGCUCGAAGAUUAGUCUCUCUUAUUUCUCUUUAUCUAUCUCUCUCUUUCUCUUUUUAUCUCUCUCUCUCUCUCUCUCUCUCUCUCUCUCUCUCUCUCUCUCUCUAUUUUUCUUCUCUCUUUCUCUUUGUUUCUCCGUCUCUGUCUCUGUGCUUAACUUUUUGAACAUGAUCAAUAUGCAGCAGUUGAUCCUAGGACAAGUAUCUGGUAGUAGCGAGCAACCUCAAGAAGAGGUUCAAUUGACCGAACUCUUGCCCGUCAAACAGUCACGUAUUAGGGAGAAUAAUGUUUUCAAGGACAUCGACGCUACCGAUGCAUUGAAAGCACUUCGAAGUUAUUCCGGUGGAUGUAACGAGGAGGAACAGGACUUCGGAUUGAGAAUUUUUGACGAAAAUGGCCGUGAUAAAGAUGAGAUUAAAACUAAACGUGGAUGCGGGACUAAGAGGAAAUCCAAUCACUCGAACCUUGAUAACUUGGAAAAGAAGAAAAAUAGCUCGAACGAACGUGACAUCGAUCAUCGCGAUGCCACCAAUUGUAAAAGAUCGAUAAUGUCCAAGAAAAGGAACGUAGCAAGAAAAAAUUCUAAGAAGAUAACCUCCGGUUCUAACAAAAAGUCUGUUAACAAAGUAGCGAUCGUUGAAACGAAAGACGAUACGGAAGAGGACGACGAUGAUCUGUCUGUUUUAUACGACGACGAAAUUCCGACAUAUUUGGAUCUAGACAAAACGAAAGACAGUUUGAACGACGAAGUUUACGUGUUCCGUCGUGAAAGAUCUAACUCAUGCUCUCUCUCUCAAACGUCCAGCGAGGUGAAUCAUGACAAUACAGAGGAGAUUUAUGAAAACGAUUAUCAAACGACCGACGGGGUUCUAAUAAAGAAAUUCACGCAUCGUUCAAAGAAUUCAGAGAUUAGUACGGACGAGUUGAACUCAUCGGUAUCCGAGGAGGAAAGAACGACUCCAACGACCGACGAUAAUCCAGAGAAAGAGCUAAGAUUGAAGAUCGACGCGAUAAUCCAGGCGAAUUUUUUGGUCGAAAGAGGAGAUAACAACAAUGUCGUUAGUCAAGAUAGAAAGAAAUUAGAUAAGAAAGUGCGUUCUUCGAAGCUAUCGUCGUCGCCAUCACCACCAUCUCGGUUAUCUAACAUAGGAACUAGCGAGGCUCAGAAUGGAUCGAAUUUCAGCGACGAGGAGACCAAAAGAUCGGAGGACGAUGGUAGCAACGAGGAUCAAACCCGAAAGGAUUCUCAAAAGAAAUAUUGUUGUGUUGUUUGUGAUGCUCGUUUCAAAGGUAGCGGUGGCCUAAGGAAUCACUACAAAGUCGUUCACGGUGCCGGGCCAAUUUUUAAAUGUGACGAGUGCGGUAAGGAGUUCCCAUUGAAGGAACGUUUGAAGUUACACGUUCGAACGCAUACCGGCUUCAAGCCUUACAAGUGUCCGGAAUGUGACAAGAGCUUUGCUAGGGGUGGCCAAUUGGUUCAACAUCGUCGUACACAUAGCCAGGUAAAACCCUAUCGUUGCGCCCUCUGCUCAGGAACGUUCACAUGUGCAGCGAAUCUUGCUUUGCAUGUUAAACGGCACAACGGUCAGAAGGAUCACAAAUGCGAGAUAUGCGGUAGGGGUUUCGUUAGACGCGACGCAUUGAAAAAACACUUGGAGUGUCUUCAUCGCGACGUCAAGUCGUUUUUAUGCGUGAUUUGUAACAAAACGUUCAAGGGACACCUACCUCAACAUAUGAGGACUCAUGCGCGAGACAGACCACACGGUUGUGCUACUUGCGGCCAAAGAUUUGCUCAGAAAUCACAAUUGACCGUACACCAACGUACUCAUUCGGGACAGAGACCAUUCAGAUGUUUGGUCUGUUGGCAAGCGUUUGCCCACUCGACUGCGUUGAAGUUGCACACCAGAAGACAUACCGGGGAAAGGCCGUUCAAAUGCGUUGAAUGUAAUGCCGGUUUCACCCAAUUGCCACAUUGGAAAAAACAUAUGAAAUGUAUUCAUGGUAGAAACGAGCCGUAUGGUUGCAAACGUUGUAAGAGUUUUUUCAGGAUCAAAAACGACUUAGAGAAUCACGAGAAAUCUUGCCACCCUGAGAUAGAACACGACGUCGAGGGCUCGCUCGGUGCCUCGAACGAUUCCACCGACAAGACCACCAAUACGAAAUACAAAACUAUGACGGUCGAGAGGAUGCGUUUGUUAUUGGCUGUAUUAUUAAAGAGGAUCAGCAAACAGGAGAGAUUAGACGAGUUGGGUUUCGGUAAACGUCUUAUCGACAAAGUUCUUCAUGAUUCUUUGAUAUCUGCUGGCAAGGACCCGGCAACGGGUAAAGGUCUCUCCGAAUUGGAAACUCUCACCAAGAAUCUUGAGACUUUUCUCGAGUGGACCGUACCGAAGGAACACUGGGAGAAUUUUCGUCGAAUGAAAAAAACUCCAGAAGACAUCUUGGAAACUCUCACGGCUACGUAGAGGUGAUUAUCGGGACGAGGACCUCGUUUUUAGUUUCUCUCUUUUUUUUUUUUUUUCCUUUAUUUCUCCGCCCAAACCCCUUCCCAAUCCCUUCUUCCUCCCUAAACCCAUUAGCAUCUCUCUCGGACGGUGCAACCUAUGAGAGUAACAAACGAUUAGCAAAAAUAUUUAUUUCUCAAGGCCGUUUGAACAAAAUGUUAACCCACCGUGUAUAACACCGUGAUUAUUUUUAUUUAUUUACUAUUUUUUUCUUUUGCUUUUUUUUUUCUUUUUUUCUUAGAAACAAAAAGAUACUUGGUAUCUUCAUAUCAGAUUGUUAUUCUUGUCUCUCGUACAAGCAUACAACUACACACAAAUCUUGUCUUCAGCUGUUGACAAUCGAAUGCCAAUUGCUGAUCAAACUUUUUUAUUUUUUAUUCUAAUUGCACCCCUGUCAUCAUCAUCCCCCUUACUAGCAUCAUCCCCCCUCCCCCACCAGUUGCAACAUCAUUAUCAUAGUCGUCAUUAUCAUCAUCAUCAUCAACAUCAACAGCCCAUAUUUUUAUACUUAGAAAUGAACGAGAUAAUUAUCAAUCAAAGAAGUGCAUAUAUACGACUGAUUUCAUGUACUUCGGAUUUAGAUCCGUCUCGUUCGCGAUUAGCACAAUAUGGUGAUAGUUUCGUGAAAUAUCAAAUCAUACCAAAGCAAAGACAAAAACAAAUAAAUGAAAAAUAAAAACUAAACGAUAAAAAAUACAACAAAAAAAAUUAGGAGUGCGGAAAGAGAGGGGAAGAAGGUAUUAUAAAAAAAUGAAAGAAAACAAGCUAGACUGCAAAACAUAGGACUUGGGUCAAAAAGUUCUUUAAAUGGACCUGGACCUUUUAGAUGAUUUUAAACAUUAAUUACUUUGCUUCGAAACUUUUCAACAUUCAUUUUUCUUUUUUUUUU